UUACAUAAUUACAUGGGUCUACUUGUGAAUCCUCUUCACCUUCACCCAACUCUCUCUUUCUACAACUCUCCUGCAUUUUCAUCCAUUGUUUACAAGUGUCACAGUGUUGAAUAUCCCAAAGUAAAUGUGAAGUAUGAAUGUAAGGCCUAUGGAGGAGAAUUGGAUGCAUUGCCAACUGUGCAGACUCUGAGGAAGUUUCCAAAGGAGGAGCUUUUGGAAAAAGUUGUCCUGGUCAGAUUUGACUCUGCCCUUUUGCUUCAGGAACGAGUUCAAGAUCAAUUACUUGAAUGCAAUGCUGUUUUUACUAUAAAGUAUUUACAGCAGUUCGGGGCUAAAGUAGUUCUUGUUAGUGAUUGGAGUGCUAAGACUAAUCCCAAAGUGUUUGCUACACAGUCUGUUGCAGAUUUUUUAUCAUCGGUUCUUGACUACAGAGUUGUGGCUGUACAAUGCAUUUCUCAUAACAUGGUAUCAGAGAGGGAAGGCUUUGAAAAAGCAGAUAUUCUUCUCCUUGAGAAUCUUGCUGAUUUUAGAGGGGAAGUUGCCAAUUGUUCGGAAUUUGCUCAAUUAUUGUCAUUGGGGGUUGAUAUUUUUGUCAAUGACUACUUUUCCCGGUCUCAUAAGAUUCUUGCAUCGACCUGUGGAGUUUCUCGUUUCUGUUAUGCUUGUUUAGCUGGUUUUCACCUUGAGGAGAGCCUAUAUCACCUCAGAAGGCUUGCCGAAACCAGUACAAAACCUUAUGUAGCAAUUAUCGGAGGUGGUAAUCUUUUUUAUAAAGCAGCUGCAUUGCAUACCUUAGCUUCCACAUGUGAUGGGUUAGUGUUUGUAGGAAUGAUGGCAUUCCAAAUAAUGCAUGCAUUAUGGCUAUCUGUUCCAUUGAAUUUAGUGGAACAUGGAGCACUUAAAGAAGCUUCAGAUAUAGUACACUUUGCACACAAUAGAAAUGUACAGAUCGUAUAUCCAAAAGACUUUUGGUGCAAGAAUAGUCGUCAUUCGAAGCAAUUGGAAGUAUUUCCUGGGCAUGCUAUUCCAGAUGGGUGGGUACCUGUUGACAUUGGACCUGUAUCGCUAAGGGAAAUAAACUCCAUUCUCACUAAAUCCAAGAAAGUUACCUGGAUUGGUCCCGUAAAAUUUCAUACAAACAGCUCCGCACAAGGAGCUUCUAAAGUGGCGGAAAUGCUUAUUCAAUUAAGUCGAGGCGAAAGCAACAUUACUGUCAUUGGGAAUAUGGCAUGUGAAGCAAUAGUGAAGGAAUCAAAUUCUCUCCUUCACUUCAAAAUGAUUGAGAAUGCUUCAGUUGUAUGGGAGUUUCUCAAAGGGAGAAAACUUCCAGGCAUCAUGGCUUUAGAUAGAGCAUACCCUUUUGAUAUUGACUGGAAGGCUGCCUAUUCAGAUCCAGCUCAACCUUUGGUAGUUGAUAUUGGAAGUGGUAAUGGUAUGUUUCUUUUCGGGAUGGCUAAAACAAGGAAGGAUUUGAAUUUUCUCGGUUUGGAGAUAAAUAAAAAGCUGGUAAAACGUUGCCUGGAUUCCGGUCACCAGUGUGGUAUAAGAAAUGGGUACUUCAUUGCAACAAACGCAACAUCAACAUUCCGCUCCAUAGUUUCCAGUUACCCCGGAAAUUUAGUACUUGUGUCAAUACAGUGUCCGAAUCCUGAUUUCAAUGAACCAGAACAUCGAUGGAGGAUGCUACAAAGGUCAUUAGUUGAAGCAGUUACUGAUCUCCUUACAGCUGAUGGGAAGGUGUUUCUGCAAUCUGAUAUAGAGAUAGUCUCUGUGAGAAUGAAGAAACAGUUUCUCAGAUAUGGCAAGGGCAAGCUUACUAUCUCACAUGACCAAAGUUAUGCCAUAAAUAAUGAAGGGUGGCUUAAGGACAACCCAUUUGGAGUUCGAUCAGAUUGGGAACAACAUGUCUUAGAUCGUGGGGACCCUAUGUACAGAUUAAUGCUUUGUAAAUCAGCAUCAAGUGAAUGAAGUUACUGCAGCAGCCAAUAAAUGAAGCUGGCUAUAUCUUAUGCCACUGGAACUAAGAUAU